GGCGGCGCGUCACGCUCUCCCCCGCCCCGAGCUGACGAGCCGGCAGGCGGGAGGCGGCGGCUGCUGCUGCUGCAGUGGGGCAGGUGGCGGCGACCGGCGGCGUCAGAGGCGGGGAUUGGCGUUGAAGGCGGAUGACACUUGUUCUGAGGCGGUUUUACACGCAGAGCCUAGCGAUUGCCCGAAUUGGAAGGUCCUGGCUUUCAAGCAUCGGAUUUGGAUUCGGGGAUUUAAUCCAGAGACUGACUACUAUAGCACCUACAGUUGUAUCAAUGACUGGUGAAAGAUAGUGGCAACAGGUAAAGGAGAAGCAGCUCUGACAUUGAAAGAAAAUGAGUAUGCUGAAGCCAAGUGGGCUUAAGGCCCCCACCAAGAUCCUGAAGCCUGGAAGCACAGCUCUGAAGACACCUACGGCUGUCGUAGUUCCAGUAGAAAAAACAAUAUCCAGUGAAAAAGCAUCAAGCACACCAUCAUCUGAGACUCAAGAGGAGUUUGUGGAUGACUUUCGAGUUGGGGAGCGAGUUUGGGUGAAUGGAAAUAAGCCUGGAUUUAUCCAGUUUCUUGGAGAAACCCAGUUUGCACCAGGCCAGUGGGCUGGAAUUGUUUUAGAUGAACCCAUAGGCAAGAAUGAUGGUUCAGUGGCCGGAGUUCGGUAUUUUCAGUGUGAACCUUUAAAGGGCAUAUUUACCCGACCUUCAAAGUUAACAAGGAAGGUGCAAGCAGAAGAUGAAUCUAAUGGCUUGCAGACAACUUCCGCUUCCCGAGCUACUUCACCUCUGUCCACUUCUGCAGCCAGCAUGGUGUCUUCCUUCCCGGCCACCCCAUCAAACAUCCCUCAAAAACCAUCACAGCCAGCAGCAAAGGAACCUUCAGCUACGCCUCCAAUUAGCAACCUUACAAAAACUGCCAGCGAAUCUAUCUCCAACCUUUCAGAGGCUGGCUCAAUUAAGAAAGGAGAAAGAGAGCUCAAAAUUGGAGACAGAGUAUUGGUUGGUGGCACUAAGGCUGGUGUAGUCCGGUUUCUUGGGGAGACCGACUUUGCCAAGGGGGAAUGGUGUGGUGUGGAGUUAGACGAGCCUCUUGGGAAGAACGAUGGUGCUGUUGCUGGAACGAGGUAUUUUCAGUGUCAACCCAAAUAUGGCUUGUUUGCUCCUGUCCACAAAGUUACCAAGAUUGGCUUCCCUUCCACUACACCAGCCAAAGCCAAGGCCAAUGCAGUGAGGCGAGUGAUGGGGACCACACCCGCCAGCCUGAAGCGAAGCCCUUCUGCCUCUUCCCUCAGCUCCAUGAGCUCAGUGGCCUCCUCUGUGAGCAGCAGGCCGAGUCGGACAGGACUAUUGACUGAAACCUCCUCCCGUUACGCCAGGAAGAUCUCCGGUACCACUGCCCUCCAGGAGGCCCUGAAGGAGAAGCAGCAGCACAUUGAGCAGCUGCUGGCGGAACGGGAUCUGGAGAGGGCGGAGGUGGCCAAGGCCACAAGCCACGUUGGGGAGAUAGAGCAGGAGCUAGCUCUGGCCCGGGAUGGACAUGACCAGCAUGUCCUGGAAUUGGAAGCCAAAAUGGACCAGCUGAGAACAAUGGUGGAAGCUGCUGACAGGGAGAAGGUGGAGCUUCUCAACCAGCUGGAAGAGGAGAAAAGGAAGGUUGAGGACCUUCAGUUCCGGGUUGAAGAAGAAUCAAUUACCAAAGGUGAUCUUGAGCAAAAGAGCCAGAUUUCUGAAGAUCCUGAGAAUACGCAGACCAAACUGGAGCAUGCCCGCAUUAAGGAGCUUGAACAGAGCCUGCUCUUUGAAAAGACCAAAGCUGACAAACUCCAGAGAGAGUUAGAAGACACUAGGGUGGCUACAGUUUCAGAAAAGUCACGUAUAAUGGAACUGGAGAAAGACCUAGCAUUGAGAGUACAGGAAGUAGCUGAGCUCCGAAGAAGGCUAGAGUCCAAUAAGCCUGCUGGGGAUGUUGAUAUGUCACUUUCCCUUUUACAAGAGAUAAGCUCUUUGCAAGAAAAGUUAGAAGUCUCUCGUACUGACCACCAGAGAGAAAUAACUUCACUGAAGGAACAUUUUGGAGCCCGGGAAGAAACUCAUCAGAAGGAGAUAAAGGCUCUGUAUACUGCCACGGAAAAGCUUUCCAAAGAGAACGAGUCAUUGAAAAGCAAGCUCGAGCAUGCCAACAAAGAGAACUCAGAUGUGAUAGCCCUGUGGAAGUCCAAACUGGAGACUGCCAUCGCGUCCCACCAGCAGGCAAUGGAAGAACUGAAGAUAUCCUUCAGCAAAGGGCUUGGAACAGAGACGGCAGAAUUUGCUGAGCUAAAAACACAAAUAGAGAAAAUGAGACUAGAUUACCAACACGAAAUAGAAAAUUUGCAAAAUCAACAGGAAUCUGAACGGUCUGCUCAUGCUAAGGAGAUGGAAGCCCUGAGGGCUAAACUGAUGAAAGUCAUUAAAGAAAAGGAGAACAGCCUGGAAGCCAUCAAGUCAAAACUGGACAAAGCGGAAGACCAGCAUCUCGUAGAAAUGGAAGAAACAUUAAACAAAUUACAGGAAGCUGAAAUAAAGGUAAAGGAGCUAGAGGUACUGCAAGCCAAAUGCAAUGAACAAACUAAGGUUAUUGAUAAUUUUACAUCACAGCUCAAGGCUACCGAAGAAAAGCUCUUGGAUCUUGAUGCACUUCGGAAAGCCAGUUCCGAAGGUAAAUCGGAAAUUGAGAAACUUAGACAGCAGCUUGAGGCAGCUGAGAAACAGAUUAAACAUUUAGAGAUGGAAAAGAAUGCUGAAAGUAGCAAGGCUAGUAGCAUUACCAAAGAGCUCCAGGGGAGAGAGCUAAAGCUUACUAACCUUCAGGAAAAUUUGAGUGAAGUCAGUCAAGUGAAAGAAACUUUGGAAAAAGAACUUCAGAUUUUGAAAGAAAAGUUUGCUGAAGCUUCGGAGGAGGCAGUCUCUGUUCAGAGAAGUAUGCAAGAAACUGUAAAUAAGUUACACCAAAAGGAGGAACAGUUUACCAAGCUGUCUUCUGACUUGGAGAAGCUGAGAGAAAACUUAGCAGAUAUGGAGGCAAAAUUUAAAGAGAAAGAUGAGCGAGAAGAGCAGCUGAUAAAGGCAAAGGAAAAACUGGAAAAUGACAUUGCAGAAAUAAUGAAGAUGUCAGGAGAUAACUCUUCUCAGCUGAUGAAAAUGAAUGAUGAAUUACGUCUGAAAGAAAGAUAUGUGGAAGAAUUACAGCUCAAACUUUCAAAAGCUAAUGAAAAUGCAAGUUUUCUGCAAAAAAGUAUUGAGGAUGUGACUCUCAAAGCUGAACAGAGCCAGCAAGAAGCAGCUAAAAAGCAUGAGGAAGAAAAGAAAGAAUUGGAGAAGAAAUUGUUUGACCUGGAAAAGAAGAUGGAAACGAGCCACAACCAGUGUCAGGAUCUGAAAGCCAGCUAUGAGAAAGCCACUUCUGAGACAAAAACCAAGCAUGAAGAAAUAUUACAGAACCUCCAGAAGACGCUGCUGAACACAGAGGACAAGCUGAAGGCCGCACAAGAGGAGAACAGUGGCUUGCUGCAGGAGCUGAAGGACCUGAGAAAGCAAGCUGAUAAAGCCAAAUCACUAACUUAUUUGUUAACAUCAGCCAAAAAAGAAAUUGAACUAAUGACAGAAGAGCUGAGGGAUCUGAAAUCAGAGAAGCAGCUUCUUUCGCAGGAGGGAAAUGAUUUAAAGUUAGAAAACGGUUCACUUUUAUCCAAGCUUAUAGAAGUGGAGGCCAAAAUAGCUUUACGUCAGGGAGACCAGCAGAAACUGUGGUCAGUGAAUGAAACUCUUAAUUUAGAAAAGGAGAAAUUCUUAGAAGAAAAGCAAGAUGCUGAAAAGCUUUAUGACCAAGAACAUCUCAGUAGAGAAGGUUUGGCUGUUGAGAAGGAGAAACUGCUGAAAGACAUCAACGUAGCACAGGAAGAACUCUUGAAGAUAAAUGUGGAAAAUGACUCUUUGCAAGUUUCUAAGGUGAGCAUGCAGGCCCUCAUCAAAGAACUCCAGCUGAGCAAAGAUACUUUGAUUGCUAAGACUGAGAAGGACCAGGAAGAAAAAGAUCACCUGGAGGACCAGAUCAAGAAACUUACUACCGAAAACUUCAUCUUGGCCAAAGAUAAGGAUGACAUCAUUCAGAAGCUUCAAAGCUCUUAUGAGGAGCUAGUCAAAGAUCAGAAAACUUUGAUACAGGAGAUUGAAGAUCUCACAGCUGAGAAAAAGUCAGCUUUAGAGAAACUGUCCAAUCUUGAUAACACGUGCAUAUCCUUAAAGGUAGAACGAGAUAAUGUUCUUCAAAACAGCAGAGAUCUGCAGUUAGAGAAGGACAUGCUGCUUCAAGAUCAGGAAAAGUUGAAUGCCAGCCUCCAGGCUGCCCUCCAGGUCAAAGAGCUGCUCCGCUCAGAGGCCAGUGGACUCCGUUUACAGCUGGAUGAUACCAGCAAGGCCUUGAGGAAGGCAGAGCUGGAGACCAUGCAACUCCAGGCCACAAACACAAGCCUUAUGAAGCUCUUGGAGGAAAUUAAGGCCAGCCAGGCAGUCACAGACUCCGAGUACAUCCAGCUUCUGCAUGAGAAAGAAACUUUGGCUGCCUCCGAGAGAAGGCUCUUGGCAGAGAAAGAGGAACUUUUAAGUGAAAAUAGAAUCAUCACUGAAAAACUCCACAAAUGUGCAGAAGAGGCUGUCCAUACUAAGAUGAUCCUGAAUGAGAAGAUCACUUACCUGACUUCUGAGGGGGAGGUGGCUUCUCAGAAAAUGACUAAACUUGAAAAGCAGCAGGAUAGUCUCUUGAAAGAAAAAUCCGCACUGGAAACACAAAAUGGACUUUUACUUACAGAGAGAGAGGAUUCCAUCAAAGCCAUAGGAGAUCUCAAAAGGCAAUAUGAUCAAGAGUCUGCAAACAGAAGGAUAAUGGUGCAUGAGAAAAUGAAACUCCUUGGUAAUAUUGAUGCUCUGAAGAAGGAGCUUCAAGAGAGAAAAAAGGAAAACCAAGAACUAGUGGCCCGCAAGUGCGACCUGUCUUUGAUGCUGAAAGAGGCUCAAAAUGCCAAAAAGAAUCUAGAAAAAGAACACACUCACAUAUUGCAAGCAAAGGAGAGUUUGGAUGCUGAACUUAACACGUGUUGUUCUGAGAAGAUUUUGCCGAGAGAUGGCUUGACCCUGCAAGAAGAGUGUCAGAAAUUAAGUGAGGAGAUCCAGGAAAUGCAGCAGUCCUUAAUCCUGGAACAGGAAGCCAGAGCAAAGGAGAACGAGUCAUCCUUGUAUGAAAACAAUAAACUUCAUGGGAGGAUGGUACUCCUGGAGCAGGAGGUGGGGGAGUUAAGAGUGUAUAUUGAGGAGCUGGAGUCCCAGAAGUUUGUGCUAUGCCAAGAGAAGACCAAAUUGGAGCAAGAAAUGGCAGUGAUCAUUGAGGAGAAGGAACUGUUGACUGCAGAAGCAGUUCAACUCGCUGCCCAUAUAGAGACUCUGAAAAGUGAUUUUGCUGCCAUGUCCAAAUCCAAGGCAGAAGUGCAGGAACUGCACAGUUGCCUCACCAAGAUUCUGGAUGACCUUCAGCUUAACCACGAGGUGACCCUGGCCGAAAAAGCCCAGGUGAUGCAAGACAACCAGAACCUCUUGGCUGAGAAAAACGAAAUGAUGCUGGAAAAGGAUGAGCUCCUGAAGGAGAAGGAAACCCUGGCAGAAAGCUAUUUCAUCCUUCAGAAAGAGAUCAGUCAGUUGGCCAAAACCAACAGCCAUAUUUCAGCCAAUCUCCUAGAAUCUCAAAAUGAAAACCAUACUUUGAGGAAAGACAAGUGCAAGCUUACCCUUAAAAUUAGAGAGCUCGAGACUCUUCAUUCACUUACGGCUGCUCAGACAGCGGAAGAUGCAAUGCAGAUAAUGGAACAGAUGACCAAAGAGAAGACCGAGACACUGGCCUCCUUGGAGGACACCAAGCAAACAAAUGCAAAACUACAGAAUGAAUUGGACACACUUAAAGAAAACAACUUGAAAAAUGUGGAAGAGCUGAACAAAUCAAAAGAACUCCUGACUGUAGAGAAUCAAAAAAUAGAAGAAUUCAGGAGAGAAAUAGAAACCCUAAAGCAGGCAGCAGCUCAGAAGUCCCAGCAGCUUUCAGCAUUGCAAGAAGAGAACGUUAAACUUGCUGAGGAGCUGGGGAGAAGCAGGGACGAAGUCACAAGUCAUCAAAAGCUGGAAGAAGAAAGAUCUGUGCUCAAUAAUCAGUUGUUAGAAAUGAAAAAAAGCUUGCCCAGUAACACUUUAAGGUAUUUGCUUCAUUACUGGAAUUUAUUUCUUAUGUAAGUAGUAAGGAAAGAAUCUGGAUAAAAUAUUCCCCUGGGGGAUGGGGAGAGAAAAAUUUCUGGUCCCUCCAUCCCUUCUUUCAUAUUAUGUUUAUUUUCCCUUCUUGAUUUUUUUGUAAUACCAAGUCAUUCCAGCUAAUGGCUUAAUACAAUUUGUGACUCAGACAUAAGUAAUGUUGGCAUUAACAGUGGUUUAAUUUAGCCCCUCCUGGUGGUUUGCACAGUGGAAUUGAGCCUUAGAGAUGGCUUAAGAAGCUAGCAAUGAUGAUGGGUCACAAAGAUGAGCUGCCAGAGGCAGCUGUCAUUUGGUGUAUAAAUCACAAGUCAGAUUUCUUUCUUAAUCAUGCACGUGUCAGUAACUUGUAUAGGAAGCAUUCUGGCAGCCAUCUCCUUAGAAAGCAGGGGGCUGAGAGGUUGUAUGUGUAUGUGAUGAUGAGCAGAGUCUGUUUGGUGGCCCCAGAAAAGGACACCUGUCCCUUUUUCCUUCUGCCAGCUGUACAUUUGUUUAUCUUUCCCCAGCACUAAGCAUCUGUGGGAUCUUGGCCAACUGGAGUCCUGAUUAUAGGAAAAUCUAAAUCUCUUGACAACCCCAAAUCCUGUUUUUUUUUUAGUAAAAACAUUUAAAAUUACAUUUUUCAAAUUUGAGUUGGAUUUAUAGCAAGUGAAGCUCUGAAAAUUAUUUUUAUAACAGAAUCAACUACCAAGUGCAUUUACUAGAAACAUAAGAGACCCGAGUUUUUUUUGCUUUUUUAUUUCAGAUGGGGUCUUGCUCUGUCACCCAGGCUGGAGUACAGUGGCACAAUCACAGCUCACUACAGCCUCAAGCUCCUGGGCUCAAGCGAUCCUCCCACUUCAUCUUCCCUAGUAGCUGGGACAGCAAGCAUGAGCUGCCAUGCCUAGCUAAUUUUUUAAAUAAGUUUUUGUAGAGACAGGGGUCUCACUGUGUCAACCAGGCUGGUCUCGAACUCCUGGCUCAAGUGAUCCUUCUGCUUUGGCCUGCCAGAGUACUGGGAUGACAGGCAUUACACCGUACCUGGCUGAAACCCAGGCUUUAUUGCCUCUUUGGAUGAUAUCAGAUGUUUUUACUUCCCAGGUGGCAAAAAGUGCCUGUACAUUCCUUUCAUGUAAGUUGCUGUUUUAACCUAAGCAAGAGCCUAUGUCCUAACAAGGUGUUACUAGCUUAGUAAUUUACCCGCACUGAUGCCUACUGUUUCCAGUGCGUGAGUAAUGCUGGGGUUUUUAAUUCAAGAAGUUUCUGUCUCAGAUUCUUUUCUUACUACUUCUCAUUCUGGAGUGUAAGUGUAAGCCACACAAUGAGAUAAAUACAACACUUAUAUUUUCAUCUUUGUGUAGAAUUUCAAUUUGCCAUAAAUCAUGAGAUUUCUGUAACUUGUGUGCCGGAUAUCUUGGGUCUCACUAACCAGACAUACAUUCUGCCGUUUCUAACCUGGGCCUCAGUUUCCUGUUCCUCCAGUUGGUUCCAAAACAGACAAGCAGUACAUCCUCUGCAUUUCCCAGUUACUUGGAAUAGAGCCAGGUGUGAUUUGGCUUCUUGUUAAGGUCACGAUGGCUCAUCAUUAGCACGAUGAUUGCCUGUGCUAAUGCAUUGUCUUAGGUUGUAUGGCCUGUGGCCUAACCUAGGAAAUUUUUCUCUAGUUUUGUUUUUCCUAAAGUAUUUUUGUCAUUUUCCUCCCAUGUUUCACACUGCAUGUCAUUUAAAAAACUUUUUAUUUAAAAAUAAUUUUAGAUUUCCAGAAGCGUUGCAAAAGUAGUGCAUCCAGUUCGCAUAGACCUUCCCCCAGCUGCCCCAAUUGAACAGCAUACACAGCCCUGGCACACUUAUCAAAACUAAGACAUUACCAUCAACACCAUACUCUCAGCUGAAACAAGAGACUUCAUUCAGAUCUCACCAGUUUUCUCACUAAUGUCCUUUUGUGUUCCAGCAUCCAAACUAGGAUCUGGCAGUUAGUUGUCGUACCUCCUUUGUCUCUUCUGUAUGUGACAGUUUCUCAGCCUUUUCUUGAAUAUAUGUAGUUUUUAUAAGAAAACUUUAAGUAUGGCCAGGUGCAGUAGCUCAUGCCUAUAAUCCCAGCACUUUGGGAGGCUAAGGUGGGAGGAUCACCUGAGGUCAGGAGCUCGAGACCAUCCUGGCUAAUGUAGUAAAACCAUCUCUACUAAAAUAUAAAAAUUAGCUGGGCGUGGUGGUGUGCACCUGUAAUCCCAGUACUUUGGGAGGCUGAGGCGGGCGGAUCACUUGAGGUCAGGAGUUUGAGACCAGCCUGGCCAACAUGGUGAAACCCCAUCUUUACUAAAAAUACAAAAAUUAGCCAGGCAUGGUGGUGCAUGCCUGUAAUCCCAGCUACUCGGGAGGCUGAGACAGGAGAAUCUCUUGAACCCCAGGAGGUGGAAGUUGCAGUGAGCUGAGAUUGCACCAAUGCACUGCAGCCUGAGCAACAAAGUGAGACUCUCAAAAAUAAAAACAAAAACCCCCAAAAACUUUAAGUAGGUACACAUAUGUAACACAUGCUAGCCUGCCCUUUGGGCUCUUUUCACUGUGUCCUGGUAUCCCUCCCUGUUCUUUCCUCAUCUUUCCCUUUCUCUUCCCACUCCCCUGACCCUCUCAUUAAAGGUCUCACCCCCUCCCUCUGCUGAUAAUCAAGUGCUGAGUCAGGCCAAGAACAUAAACCAGGAGCUCUGAAUUUCUCCUUCCAGGCUCCCAUGCUUUCAUUCUGCACCUGAGAAAACCAUUUUAACAUUUUCUGUUCUAGCCUUUAUGUAAUUACCAUUAAUUUCUAUGAGCUAAUUUAAUGUCCUCUUCAGAGUCUAUGGCUGGAAAGUAAUGAGUAAUAAUAAUAAUCUUUGCUACUGUUUUGGCCCAUAACAUCUUAAAUACCCAUUCUUGGAACUUGCUAAAAGUUACUGAAAUUAGUGAGAACCAAUUGAUAUGUCCAGCAUAAAGCUGCUCUGCAUGACAUCUGUAUAACUGCUUUGCAUGUGUGUAUCUUAAUUGUUGGUAUUGCUUGGUAAUCAUUUAUUCAAGAAUUAACAAAAUUCAACUCGGGUUUAGAUUUUGGUAGAACUUUGGGGAGGGUACAGCCGUUUUUUCUUUUUAAUUCUACCUCUUCCAAAUUUAUUAACUUGUUUCUUUAAGUUCAAAUGGAUAUAAUCAUAUGCAGAUUCUGGCAUGUCUAUGCAUAGGUACACUUUUUCUCCCCUCACAGUAAGUAAAAUUUUGUGAGCAUAAUGGCCUUAACUCCCUAUAAAACUUCCCUGUUACACUUUUUUUUUUACAUUAACUAACGU